CUCUCUUUUGGUGCCUCAACCAUCGAUGGCUCGACCACUCGUCAUUAGAUGCUUCUGAACAGCAAUACGGGAGUGAAUUUCUCUGGUCGAGCCUCGUAAGCGUUGUUUUGAUGUUGAGAAGUUUUGUCUUUCACGAUGGAUUUUCUUACUACUUGAAGUCAUCUAGUCUCUCCACAUGCCUUGCUUGCUACUGGAAUUCGGUUUCAGAGUUUGGACUGUGAACUGGAUAGGGUUUUCUCUAUCACAUCAUCAAGAAUUGGAGGAGCUUGUCAUCGACAUUAAAUUAUUGGAAUUACCUAUUGAUUUUAUUCUUAAUCUAUUCAAUUGUUAAUUCUUGAAGGCACCAUCAUGGCGUUGCGAGAAAAGGGACCUUAUGAUGAGGAAGAGGAUUGGCAGGUCCUCUUAAAGAAAGCAGAGAAGUUUGAAUUAAAGGAAUUGCAGAGGAUUAUCGUGAAACGGGAGCAAUUACUUGUACUAGGGAAACUACUUAAUGAUGCUUAUGUAAUUCGUAGGCCCAAGCCAAGUGAAUAUGAACAUCGGAAAGAUCUGAUUCGAGUUUUUAAUGAAAUAGCAAAGGAAAUAUAUGGCAAUUCUACUGGUUUCCCUGUUGUCGAGGCAUUUGGUUCUUUCUCGAUGGACCUUUUUACCACCGGUAGUGAUCUAGAUCUCUCCAUCAACUUCAGAAGUAGUUCACUUGUGUUCCCUCGAGAUCAGAAGAUUAAGACACUUCGGAAGUUUGCAAGAAAGUUCUAUGCACUUCAAAAUGGAGGUCAUGUUCGUGGUGUCCAACCCAUCAUGAGUGCUAAGGUGCCAAUCCUCAAGGUUGUUGAUGCUGGAACCGGUGUCGAAUGUGACCUUUCAGUAGAAAACAGGGAUGGAAUUUCGAAGUCCGCUAUUAUUCGUUUCAUUACUUCGAUAGAUGAAAGGUUUCAAAAGCUAAGUUUCUUGAUGAAAGCCUGGGCAAAAGCACAUAACAUUAAUAGCUCAAAAGAUCGAACAUUGAACUCUUUAUCGAUAAUAUUAUUGGUUGCAUUUCAUCUGCAGACUCGUGAGCCUCCCAUUUUACCUCCAUUUUCUGCCAUUCUAAAAGAUGGCGAGGAUCUUGCUUCUGUGAAGAAAUCAGUUAGAAACUUCCAGAACUACGGUGUAAGAAAUACAGAAUCAUUAGGUGAACUGUUCGUAUCAUUUUUAAUCCAGCUAGCAUCUGUCGAAAAGCUUUGGCCCAAAGGUCUUUGUGCGAGUCCAUAUCAAGCACAUUGGACAUCUAAAACAUGGGAUACUAAAAUAGCCAGCAUGAGUGUUGAGGAUUUCACAGACCGAACCCAAAAUGUCGCCAGGGCUGUAGGGAAAUCGGAAGUCGAAGAAAUCUACAAGUGCAUACACCUUACCAUUCGUAAUCUUGCUUCCUUCAUGAGUGGUGAAAUCCAAGAAUCAGAGUUAAAAAGAGCGUUGUUUGGCAUUGAUAAAACUCUCCAUCAUCCUGUUCAUGCAAAGCCAAAUGUACAGCCAGUAACGAUCUUGAAACGCAGAGAAAACUUGGGAACAAAUCGGCACGUUAUGGCUCCUAACCGUGUGUUGGAACCAAGAGCUACUCAAGGUUGGGCAACAAGGCCACCUUCGUUGGGCUACUGGGAUGGAACACAACGUCGAUCCAUGACUACAGGCCCGGAUACUUCAUGGGUGGAGCAGCCGUUUGACCAUCAGUCAACCAAAAGAAUGAGGGCUGCAGAGGGUGUGCAAAGAACCCAAGGUUGGGGAUCAGCUUAUGGAGGACCUGGGUGGAGUCAAGGCUGGGGAGGUGCAUCUACUGUUGGCUGGGGUGGGACCCAUGGAGCUGCUUCCAUGCACAACCCGCGUAAAAGGUCACAAGAGAUGCAGCCUGCAAAGGACCCUUGGGGAAGAACACUUCUACACCCUCCAGCUGGAAAUUCAUCCAUGCAUGGUCCACCAUUUCGUUGAGACUCAAGUUCCAAACGAGGAUGUGUGCAGAACGGCCAACCAGAUUUCACAUGUGCAUGGUUUUUGUAGAGUUGCUACAUCAGGUUCGUUCAUAUUUAAUUUUCUGGUAGCAAUGCUAGUGAUAGUUGUUUAUAGUAGUGUUUUAUGGUGUCAAAAUUCCAGUGUUUGAUUAAUUGAUAACUCAUAAGCUAAGCAUUGAGUUUUGAGCUGAUAACAGCGACACCAUCUGUAUCGAACCACACUAGCAGUUUUUGAAUCCAAAAAUUACAUAAACCAU